UUUGGCAGGGACCAGCGGCCGAGGGGGCGCAAGGCUGUGCAAAGGGUGAUACAGGCGCUGAAACCGCUGGGUCUGUCCGUCCGCUCCCAGAUCCUGAAGCUGGGCGAGGACUGGAUCUUCCUCUUCCUCCUUGGCAUCUGCAUGGCGACCAUCAGCUUCGGCCUCGACGUCGUCAUCUCCAAGUUCCAGCGAGCCAACCUGUGGGUGUACGACGCGCUGGAGGGGUACCGGGCCCUGCAGUAUUUCUCCUGGGUCCUCUACCACACGGGGCUCAUGAUGGUCUCAGCCGGAGUCGCCAAAUACAUCUCGCCGCAGGCAGCAGGCUCCGGGAUCCCCGAGCUGAAGGUGACGCUCCGGGGGGUCGUGCUCAGCGAAUUCUUCACCCUGCGAACCGGCCUGGCCAAGCUGGUCGGGGUGAUCUGCACCCUGGGGGCCGGCAGCACCAUCUUCCUGGGCAAAGUGGGCCCCUUCGUUCACAUGGCCACGAUCCUGGCCACCCAGCUGGGCCGCGUGAUGGUUCGAGUUGCCGGGACCAAGGAGAACCCGGCCCGCAAGUACGAGAUGUUGGUGGCCGGGGCGGCCGUGGGGGUGGCCUGCUGCUUCGUGGCCCCCGGGGCUCAGGGGAGGGAGGCCGGGGGGACCCGAGGGGGGCGCUCGGGGCCCCCGUUCCCGGCUGACCCCCCCUGCCCCCCAGGGGUGCUGUUCUCCGUGGAGGCGAUGGGGACCCACUUCGCGCUACGCGAUUACUGGCGCGGCUUCUUCUCCGCGUCCUGCGCCGCCCUCACCUUCCGCCUGCUGCCCCUGCUGCACGGGGAGCGCGAGACGGUGGCCGUUCUCUUCAGCACCGGCUGGCGCGUCGAGUUCCCCUUCGACCUGCCCGAGCUGCUCUCGUUCGCCCUGCUGGGGGCGCUGUGUGGGGCUCUCUGCUGCGUCUACCUCUUCUGCCACCGUAACCUGCUGCUGGCCAUGCAGAACCGGCCCCUGCCCGGGCGCCUGCUGGGCAACAACAAAAUCCUCCACACGGGGCUGGUCUCCCUGGUGCUGGCGAGCGUCACCUUCCCCCACGGGCUGGGGCAGUACCUGGGGGCGCGGCUGACCAUGAAGGAGCUCCUGGAGACUUUCUUCAACAACUGCACCUGGGGGCAGGCGGAGCUGGGGGGGCUGAACGCCUCCCGCCAGCCCCCCCACCCCUCCUACGCGGACCCCUGGCUCCAGUGGACCCACCCCCAGCUCUCCUCCCUCGAGAUGCUCAGCGUCUUCCUGCUCUCCAAGUUCUUCAUGCUGCUCCUCGCCACCACCAUGGUCGUCCCCGCCGGCUACUUCCUGCCCGUCUUCGUCUACGGUGCGGGGCUCGGGCGGCUCUAUGGGGAGAUCAUGGCCAAGGUUUUCCCCGAGGGGAUCGUCUCUGACGGGAUCCGCAUCGCCAUCGGCCCCGCGGCCUACGCCCUGGCUGGCGCAGCGGCCUACUCGGGCGCGGUGACCCACACGCUCUCCACGGCGCUGCUGGUGUUCGAGCUGACGGGGCAGAUGGCGCACGUGCUGCCCGUGCUCAUUGCGGUGCUGGUGGCCAACGGGCUCAGCCAGCGGCUCCAGGCCUCCUUCUUCGACGGCAUCAUCAUCGUCAAGCAGCUGCCCUACCUCCCCAAGCUGGGCGUGGGGCAGAGCGGGGCCCACGACAUCUACGCGGAGGAUUUCAUGGUCACGGACCUCAAAUACCUGCCCCGGGGCUGCAGGUUCAAGGACGUGCGGGGUCUGCUGAAGGCCUCCAGCCUCAAACAGUUCCCGCUGGUGGACUCCCGAGAGUCCAGGAUCUUGCUGGGCUCCAUCCGGAGGAAGCAUCUCGCCAAGCUGCUGUCGGAGCAACUGAGCACGGAAAAGCGAUUCCAGUAUCUGCUCCGUCAGUCCGAGGCGUACAGCCCCACAGAGCCCCUGCUGGGUGCAGAUGGCACUUCGGGGACCCCAGAGGAGAAGCCAGAAGCACCGAUGGUUUCUGCUGAGCCGCGCGAUGGGGGGACAUCAAAGGAAGAGGAGCAAGGCACCCAGCUGUCUGUCAAGAUGAAGGACGUGUGUCACUUGGAUGCUUUGUGCUGGCUGCAGGUGGAGGACUGGGAGUGCCAGCAGCUGCAGGCGAUGGUCCGGCUGGAGGAGCUGCCCAUCGACCCGGCCCCCUACCGCCUGCUGGAGAAGGAGACCCUCUACCAGUGCUACGACCUUUUCAACUUGCUGGGCCUGAGGACCGCCUAUGUCACCAACGUGGGCCGGCUGGUCGGGGUGGUGAGCCUCCGAGAGCUCAAAGCCGCAGUGGAGGGGUCGGUCAAGGGCACCUUCACCAGAUGCCGGGAACGCGAUGGGGACCCCGACCCCAAUGGAGCCUCGGCCUAGUGGGGAUUGGAGCAUCCGGCCUCCCCCCCAAACCUCGAAUGAGGGGGCAGGGGAAAGAAAACCCCCCACAGAGCCCCGUGCCCCGUCUUUUCUGUCUCGCUUCCCGCGUCCCAGCUCCAGUACCCCCAGUGACCCCUAAAUUAUUAACCCCCUGUUUUCUGGAGCUGGCCCCAGUGAACCCCCCCUUCCAAUCACCCAGUAAA